UGUUUUUAUUUGUACUUUUAAGAAAACCCCUAAAAGGGUUUUUGGACUUUUCUUUUGUCUAAAAUAUUAAAUAUAUUGUUCAGUGUAAUAGCAAAGUUUAAUUACAUUUUGUUUACUGUGGUCACAAUUAUAUGAAUUUGAGUCUCCUGGGGGUUUUUUUUGCACACAGAAAGUUGUCAUCACCAUCAACAUGCAUCAGUGCAUAAAAAUAAAAAUAAAAGACUGCAUAAAAAAAACAAUUGGUGUCAUUUCCCCGCCUGAUUUGUUUUCUAUCUCACCUAACUCUUGCAGCAACUAGCCGAGCGGAGACCGCCUGCAGAAAGCAGCCAACGGCCGCAGAAGUCAUGGCUCUCAUCAGCAAACCGAGAAGCAAGUCAAUCGUGUGGCUGUAUUUCGGCUUGAAGGCAGACGACAAGGGACAAGCUUUGAACUCCGGGGAGGCCGUUUGUCGUUUGUGCCGGAAAAUAGUCCUCGCUAAAGGUGGAAACACCACGAAUUUAAGAAGUCACCUAAGACGUCGACAUCGUGCCGAUUUCUUCGAGAACAUUUCUUCCACGACCUCUGGAGCUUCGUUCGAGGCUCAAGGCAUGGCUGAUUCAAGUGAGAAACUGGCUUUGUUUGAGCCCCACGUGAGAACUCGAGAGGCGAUCGUUCCGAAAGAAGAGGACGAGGAAGAGUUCGAGGCGAAUGCCCCCGACGUUCCCAGACGCGCGUCGGUAUCGGACGUGGAGCUGGACGAACUCGAGUGCAGCAGGACCGAAAGCAAGCUGACAAAGAUGCAGACGUCGUGGGCUCUGAACCGCUUCACCGGCUGGUUGGCGUCCCGGGGGCUCCGGACGGACCUGGCCGCGGUGGACAAGACGGAGUUGAACGGACUGCUGAGGCACUUUUACGGAUCGGUACGAAACGGCAAAGGAGAACUCUACGGCGUCGCGAGUUACGUCGCGCUGAGAGCCGGACUCAACCGGUACUUCCAAGAGCCUCCGGUCAGCCGGCCCGUGAGCUUAAUGAAGGACGCCGAGUUCCUCUCGGCCAACCAGGUGUUCUCGGGAGUGCUCAAGAGAAUCAGGAGGUCCGGCCGAGACGCGAGCUCGCACCGUCGGGCGAUGUCUCCCGACGACGUCCGCAUCCUGAGGCGCUCCCGCGCGAUGGACACGGGCACCCCGAGGGGCCUCCUGAACAAAGUCUGGUUCGACAUCCAGGUGUAUUUCGGCCGCAGAGGAAAGAAGGCCAACAGGAAUCUGAAGCCGGAUUCGUUCGUCGUCCGAAAGGACCGGAGAGGACUGAGGUACUGCGCUUCGUCCGCCGGCGACGACGAGACGGACGGGUGCUCUAUGUUUGAGAAACCGGGCAGUGAAUUAUGCCCCAUCGCUUCUCUUCUAAAGUACCGAAGCAAGCUCCCGCCCAACGCGACAGCCUUCUACCUACAGCCCAAGAAGGAUUUUGCAGACGGCGUUUGGUACAGCCGGACCCCGUUAGGAGUCAAUAACCUCGGCUCCAUGUUGUCUCGCAUGUCCAAGGAAGCCCGCACGUCCGUCAUCUACACCAACCUCUGCAUCAGGAGCACGCCGUUUCACCAGCUGUGUGGCGCAGGACUGGAGAGUAGAGGAAUUGCUCCCGUCAGUUUGCACAGGUCAGAAACCUCCUUUCAAAGUCACCGGACGGCGCCCGUCGGGAGCCGCGGAGCGAGAUGUCGCGAGAGAGCAAUUCACCUGGCCCAGCAGGUCUGCCACCAAACAACAGGUUUGGAUUUAAACCACGACGAGUUCUUCGAGGAUGCCCCUUUCCUUCAGACGGCCUCCAACACAAACUACGUCCCGGAUGCCGUGUUGCCGCCCGGGGAGCCGUGGCGGCGAGGCGGCGGUGGCGGCGGCGGCGGCGGGCCCUCCUCCCGGGCGGCGCUGUCUCUGCCCUCUUGCCUGUUCCUGUCCGGAUCUUCCGGCGAGGAGCAGACGGGAGAGAUGAAAGUGCACGCCAAGUGUCACCUUCAGGAGGGUGUCAUGUUCGGGCCGUACGUGGGCGAAGUGCGCCGAGGGCAGAUGCCGAGCAACCUCAAAUACGCCUGGGCCAUCAGGGAUGACCAUGCUUUUAACUACGUUGAUGCUUCCGAUGAAAGCAAAUCCAACUGGAUGAGGUAUGUGACGUACACCAGCACGGAGGAGGCACACAACCUGGUCGUCUUCCAGUUCUACCGCCACAUCUACUACAAGGUCUCCCGGCCCAUUCCGGAGGGGGCGGAGCUACGGGUGUGGAUCGGCAGGGAUUACGCAACUCUGCUGGGCCUCGGCAUGGGUGACAACGUGAAAUGUGAACUCGGAGACAAAGAGACCGUCCUGCGCCUUCUGCAAGACGUCCAGUUGGUCACCCUCGCCGAGCCCAGCAGCUCCUACCUGUGGUCCGACCGCAGCCAAUCGCCGAGCCCCAUGCUCGUCAUCGGCGACGUGACGACGAUGUCCAACCCGGACACGGCGAGCGAAUCGGGCGCGGGCGCCGCCGCCGCCAUCGGCUCCGCCUUCCCUUCCUCCUCCACCGUCUCCUUGCCGUCGCCGAGCUCUCAUCCGUGCGAAAAAUACGAUUUCAUGCCCGGAACCGAGAGGCUGCUGAGCAACCCGAACGCCGCCGCCGCGCACAGCAGCCCGUGGCACUUCUUCGGGUUGGAGCCGGACCCCGCCGGGCGGCCUCUGGACCGCCGCACCGCCGUGUGUAAACUGUGCGGCGAGCGCGUGGGCUGUGGAGGCGGAGCCUCGGCUCUCCAGAACCACCUGACCGGCAAGCACCACAUCAGACCCCCGCGGGACGGCGUCAAGGACCGGAGCUUCACGGCCAUCGGUCAUCCGCGCUCCCAGCCGGCGGCGGGUCCCGGCGGUCCGGUCAGUCCGCUCCCCGCGGCGCUCUCGGCUCCCGUGGCCGACGCCAUCGCCGACUUUCUCGUCGCGGACGUGCAGCCGCCGGCGCUGGCGGACGGGGACGGCUUCCGGCGGCUGCUCCGCGCCCUGCGGCCCUCCUGCGAGGAGCCGCCCUCGCCGUGGCAGCUGGAGGACCUCCUGAGGGAACGCCACGCCAGGGGCAAGGCGAGCCUGGCGCGGCUGCUGGGGAGCAAAAUGGCGAGCGGCGGCGGCGUGUCCGACCACACCGCUCCCGUGGAGUUCGAGCCCAGGAGGCGCGGGCGACCGCGGAAGGAAGUGCCUCACUUUGUCACUCUGAGCGCCGACGUGUGGACGCACAACUGGCGGGGCGGCGCCGAGAGGCACGUCACGCUCUGGGUGCACUACGUCGACGCCGCUUUCAGUUUUCACAACCUGGCGCUGGCGACCCGGAGGCUGACGGAGGGCGGCGGCGUUGAAGACGGCGGCGGCGGCGGCCUUGGAGCGGCGGCGGCGGCUCAAGCGAAGCGGAUGGCCCAGGAGUGGGGCAUCGCCACGCCCAACGCGGUGCUGCUGGGCGGCGACGUGAGGGACGAGACGGCGGGCGGCGAGGCGGGCGCCCCCCUCCCAAACUCCACCACAUCGCCCGAGCGUCCCGGCGAGGGACUCCCGCCCGUGCCGUGUUUCUUCGCCGCCGUCCGGGGCUGCGUGGAGGAGGCGAUGUCUCACCCGGUCGUCUCCGAGACGCUCGGACGUUUCCGAGACGUCCUCGCCGCCCUGUUCGCGGCGCCCGCUCCGAGCUCGCCCCGACGCCGCCGCCGCGCCCGGAGUCCGCUGCGGGGCCUGAAGAGGCGCGAGCGGGCGGAGCUGAAGGCGUGGGCGCACGGCGGCGUGCCGUGGAGCCGGCUGUACCCGCUGCUGAGCGCGCUCGUCGAGCACAAGAGCCUCCUCUGCGCCGCGCUCGGGGAGCUCGAGAGCGAGAGCUCGUCGAAGGAAGACGAGGGAUCGGAGUCCGGUUCGUCCGGCGGCCGCCGCCGCGCCAACUCCGCGUCGUCCCCGGCGACGACCUUCGCCACCCUGCGGUCGGAGUGGAAGGUGGCGGAGGAGCUGCGUCUGGUCCUCCGGCCGCUGGACGUGGCGUGCCGGACUCUCGCCAAGGAGGCGUUCCCCCGCCUGACCCUCGUCAAGCCCAUCCUCACCGGGCUGCUGUCCCGCCACCUGGCGCCGCGGCCGGGGGACUCGUCCUCCGCCCUGAAGGAGGUGAAGAGGGAGAUGAGGCGCAGCCUGGCGAGCCGCUACGAAGACCCCGCGGUCAACCGGGUCCUGUGCGUGGCGUGUUCCCUCGACCCGCAGUUCCACGGGCUGGGCUUCAUGGAGGAGAAGGAGCAGAAAGCCACGUUCGAUUGGCUGAAGGAGGAGGCGGUCCGGAUCGUGAAGGAGGACCGGAGGAGAGGUCGAGGCCACACGGCGAGCAAGAGGAGCGGGUCGCCGGAGUCGGACGGCGACUUCCUGCGGAGGAGCAAGCGCCUCAAAGAAUCCCGCCCGAUCGACUUCAGAGAGGCGGCAGACGAGGAGAGCGACGCGGCGGCGGAGGAGGAAGAGGAGGAGGAGGCCGACGAAGGCGAGUCGGCGGAUCCCCCUCAGGGCGGACUCUCCGGGAUGGAGUUCCUCCUGGGGGACCUGUUCUGCUCGGCGCCCCGGAGCAAGCGGCGCUCCGUGGAGGAGGCGGUGGAGGCGGAGCUCUCCGUCUUCAGGGCCGGCGAGGGGGCGGCGCUGGGCGUGGAGCCGCUGCAGUGGUGGAGGAGCAAGGCGGCGCAGUUCCCGCUGCUCGCCACGGCGGCGCGCGCCUACCUGGCCGCGCCGGCGGCGGCGGGGAGCGCCGCGCGCGACUUUGCGCGGGAGGCGGCGGCGGCGGCGGCGUGCGGGAAGAGGGCCAACAUUCCCCCGGAGAGCUUGGACGUCAUCUUGUUUCUGCACCACAACCACACUCACGCCGCGGAGAGCGCGAGGAACGCGGGAAGAAAGGAGGACGACGGCGAGGAGGAGGACGGGGGGGUGUGACCGGUCGCCGUAGCAACCGAGUUCACGCCUUCUGCCACGGGAUUUAAACUCGACCCUCUCGACGACGUGAGCCGCUCAUCCUCCUGGUCCAACAAGAGAUUUAAACGAAAGAGAAAGAAAGAAAGAGAGAAAGAACUAACAUGUUUUACUGCGUCUAGUUUGGACUGUUCUUCUGACACCUUCAACUUUUAUUUAUAUAUAUAUUUUUAUAUAUACAGUACGUGUGUGUGUAUAUAUACGUGUGUAUAUAUAUAUAUGUGUGUGUAUUUAUAUAUAUAUAAUGUAUAUAUAUCUAAUGUUGAAACCUUUUUUAAAGUAUUUUAUAAAAAGUUAACAAAUGUUGGGAGAUGGUCAAUUUAUAUAUAUAUAUUAGUACCUUGUAGUGCCUAGUGCCUUACUUCUUUUGGACACAAUUGAACCCUAAUGAUAAAGCUGUGUUUUGGAGCGUCUACAUUGUUUGUCUUUAUAUAUAUAUAUAUAUAUAAGACAAACAAUGUCAUCUACAGUAGUAUUGUGUAAAACUACUCCAAAGAUUGAAUAUCCGUGUCCUUAAUGCUUCCUCUUUUGAACAUAAGUUGCUAUUACACUGAUUAGCGUGGAACUUUUUCUUGAACGUUAUUCAAAGUAAUGUGAAUUAAAAGUGGAACAGCUUUAUCCUG